AUGCCGAGAGAUACCAUCAACAGCAUCAUCAGGAGCCUGUCGGCAGAGCAGCGCAGGGCCUUUGGGAGGUGGUACAGCCGAGCCCUCAGCUCCCUCAACAUGACAGCCGGCGGCCCCUCCUUCAUCAGGGACACUGGUAACCUGAUCGUCUACCUGCCCUUUCACAGCUUCCAGCACCUAUCACCUGCUCAGCUGUUGAAUGGAAUGGAUGUGUUGCUGAUGAACACCCUAAGCCCCCUACAGCAGCAGUUUGUGGCUGAGAGCCUCAUAGGGACCUUUAGAAAUCUAACAGCAGAACAAUUCAGGAGGCUUGGCAACCUGAUGUGUCUGUCAGACCCAAAGGACCUGCAGGUGUACAGAAACACAGAGGCCUUCUCUGUGAUUCAGGACAACAUUAGGACAUGUGUUGUCCAGGGCCUCCGGAAUCCCAGUGACUUGAUCACCAGCUUGUUCCUGAAUGGGAGUGAGCUUCAGUCUCCUGGCUCUCUCCCCGCCGGCCGAGUGUCUCAGCUGGCUCCCUUCUUGCCCUGGUUGGGUGUGGACUUCCUGCAGAAGCUCAGCCAAUCCCAGCUCAGCCCUGCGCUGACAGCCCUGGCCUCUGUGCCCUUCACUCCUGCACAGGCCGGUGUAAUUGUGGACAAACUGUCUCUAAACAACAGUCUGGCUCUGCCGGGGCAGCUGCAGAAGCUGGGCUCUCUGGUGAGUGGGGUGAAGGUGGAGACUCUGCGGAGCUUGCCCUCUGACACACUGCUGUCCUCCCUGCCUGACAUCGCCCUGCACACACCCGGCCUCAACCACCCACAGGCCAACACCAUCACCACCAAACUCUGGGGCUCACCAGAGGUGACUGGCUGGUUGGAUAAGGUGGAGCCCCUGCUCCCCAGCACCCCUCUAAUCAGUGUGCUGACCAGGGCUAGUCUGCUGUUGACCAACAGGACCUCGGCAGAAAGACGAGCCUGGAACACUCAGCAGGCUAAAACUCUUUUUAAAGAAGCAGUGAAGACCAUGCCCAAUUUUUCCACUGAGAAGUUUCUUGCCCUCGGAAGCAUUGCUCGAGGUGUAAGCUGCACAGCUCUGCGGCAGCUCUUCCGGUACAAGCCAUCAUUUUCCUCAAUGCGGAGUGUCCUUGCAUUCAUGAAAAAGCAGUCUGUUCCUCUCCAUACCUCACUGAAAAAGUGCAUCAUCGAGGAGCUGUACUACUUUGACUUCUUCUCUGAGCUGCUGGGAGAGCUUGGCUCUCAGAUCGCUCUGGCCCUGCCGGUGAGCACUAUUAAGAAGUUCCCGGCCGACAUGAUGGACACUCUCAGGAAGAUGAUUGUGCAAGACCCCCAUCACUUCCUGCUCCUACCCAGUACAAAACAGGAUAUUCUGGUGGACAAGAUGGUGCAGAGACUUGGCAUGUACACAGGAGAGUUCACUGAGGAUGAGUUCCGUUCACUGGGCAUCAUGGCGACCUAUGUAGUGGAUGAGGUGUUUGUGCAGCUGGUGCGGAGCUUCUUUGUGGAGAGCCUGGAGUUCCUCCGAGAGUUCUGCUAUAACAGCAGCAAGAGAGACAUUGUUGCACAGAUCCUACAGGAGCCAGGCACUUUCGGCCCCGUUCAGAACUGGACCCCUGAGACACUCAAUCAAGUAGACAGAUUCAUAUUCUUCCUUCCCAAAGAGAAGCUGCAGCAGAUUCCCCAGGCCCUGAUGACCCAGGGGCGUAUAGAGAGGCUGUUUCUGAGUCAGCGCCAGUGGGAGUCAGGUGCUGUUGGGGCCCUCUGCAUUCAGGGCCGGGACCAGGUUGAACAGACACAGCUGUUUGAGAGGCAGCAGUUUGUUCUUCAGUACUUCCUGGGUUUUCUCAAAGUGGGCCGGGUCACACCUCCUGCAUUGAUCCCCACAUGUGAAAAGCUGCAUACGACACGGCCUUCAGCCUGGAGCACAGACAGCUUGACAGGCAUGUCGUCUGCCGCCUUCAGCUGUAGUCUGGAGCUCUUUGGCCAGGACCCCUUCUUUUUACCAUACCAACAGAAAUUACUCCUCCAGAAAACUAAAGAGAUCUAUGGAGCGGCCCGCUCCUUCUCCUCCUCUGUGAUUACUCAGCUGGGCCGUAUAGCCUCCCAGCUUUCAGUGGCAGAGCUGAGUGUGAUCAGGCUGUCUGAGCUGAGCACCAUCUCUGCACUGGGGGCAGUCAACACCUGGAACAGCAGACAGCUGGCUGUGCUGUCCUCCUCUGUGCUCAACUCCACCCAGGUGGGUCCUAGUCAGCUGGACUCCAGCACCCUGGUGGCUAUGGGGCACAUACUGUGUGGGAUCAAUUACUCAGACAUGCGCUCCCUGAAUGCAGUGGAGUUCAGUAAGGCAGUUAUGUGGCUGGGCCGUCUGAGGCUGGCCUGUUCAGAAGAGCAGCAGCAGGCUUUAACGGGACUGCUGAGCCAUAGCCUGGCUUUCGGACCCAUGAGCUCCUGGGGCCCUGAGGUCUUCAUUGAGGUUGGAGCACUGGCAGCUGGCCUCCCAGAUAUGGCCAUGUCGUCUUUGGUGAAGGAGCAGGUUGAAGGACUUACACCUCUGGCUGUGUCCCUCAUCCGGGCAGACAAGUUUGCUGUCGUGUUUGACCCAGCCCAGAUCAGCAUGUUCUCCUAUGAACAGGCCAAAGCGGUGACUGAAGCCCAGCGCUCGCUUUUGUCUCCUGUGCAGCUGACAGCUAUGUCUAUGGUGCUGACCGUCUGGGAUGACAAACCUGUUGACUUCCGUGGCAGUUCAUCUGGGCUGGCACUGUGCCCUAGUCCUCACUGUCACCUUCUGGGACUGCUGAUGGUGCUGUUAGUUUCUGCCCUGUAAUGGCCCUCCCCUUCUGAUGGAUACAUUCCUCACCCCUAAUGGGCCAGGAGGAAUCUCUCCUACACAACUACCAUGUUAAACAAUAAGUGCAAUAUAUUUGAGUAGCCCUUCAGUCUAUUGUAAUGGUGAUUUGAUAAUGGGUGGUUAUUUAUUUCUAUCAGCACUAAAGAGACAUACAUUUGCUAUUGGCCUAUUCUCUGAGUGAAGAAAAAAUAUUUGAGCAUUUAAAUCAAAUCAAAUCAAAUCAAAUUUUAUUGGCCACAUGCGCCGAAUACAACAGGUGCAGACAUUACAGUGAAAUGCUUACUUACAAUGUAUUGCACAUUGCAGAGUUGUAGUCAUUAG